AUGAGUUCUCUACGCUUUCUCGAUCUGGUCAAGCCGUUCGUGCCGUUCCUCCCCGAGGUUCAGCAGCCGGAAACCAAGAUUCCCUUCAACCAGAAGCUGAUGUGGACGGCAUUGACGCUCCUCAUCUUCCUGGUCAUGAGUCAAAUGCCUCUGUACGGCAUUGUCUCUUCCGACAAUUCGGAUCCUCUAUACUGGCUGCGAAUGGUCAUGGCGAGUAAUCGAGGUACUCUGAUGGAAUUGGGUAUCACUCCCAUCAUCUCCUCUGGCAUGGUUUUCCAGCUCCUCGCUGGUACCCACCUCAUCGACGUCAACCUCGACCUCAAGUCGGAUCGCGAACUCUACCAGACUGCCCAGAAGCUCUUUGCCUUCAUCCUGUCUGCCGGUACCGCCACCGUCUACGUCUUCACCGGUCUCUACGGCACUCCCUCCGACCUCGGUGCCGGCAUUGUCUUCCUGCUCAUCCUCCAGCUCGUCGUUGCUGGCAUGAUUGUCAUUCUGCUCGACGAGCUCCUGCAGAAGGGUUACGGCCUUGGCAGUGGAAUCUCUCUGUUCAUCGCCACCAACAUCUGCGAGUCCAUCAUGUGGAAGGCUUUCUCACCCACCACCAUCAACACUGGCCGUGGCCCCGAGUUUGAAGGUGCCGUCAUCGCUCUCUUCCACCUCCUCAUGACCUGGCCCAACAAGCAGCGCGCUCUCCAGGAGGCCUUCUACAGGCAGAACCUCCCCAACAUCAUGAACCUCCUCGCCACCAUCCUGGUCUUUGUUGCCAUCAUCUACCUCCAGGGUUUCCGCGUCGAGAUCCCCGUCAAGUCCAACCGCCAGCGUGGUGCCCGAGGCUCAUACCCCGUUCGCCUGUUCUACACCUCCAACAUGCCCAUCAUGCUGCAGUCCGCCCUGUCCUCCAACGUCUUCCUGAUCAGCCAGAUGCUCUACUCUCGUUUCUCCGAGAACCUCCUGGUCCGUCUCUUUGGUGUGUGGGAGGCCAAGGAUGGUACUUCUCAGCUCCACGCCAUCUCCGGCCUUGUCUACUACAUGUCUCCUCCUCUCAACUUCAAGGAUGCUCUGCUUGACCCCAUCCACACCGCCGUCUACAUCGUCUACAUGCUCGGUGCCUGUGCUCUCUUCUCCAAGACCUGGAUUGAGGUUUCCGGCUCUAGCCCCCGUGAUGUUGCCAAGCAGCUCAAGGACCAGGGUCUCGUCAUGGCUGGACACCGCGAUCAGAGCAUGUACAAGGAGCUCAAGCGCAUCAUUCCUACCGCCGCUGCCUUUGGUGGUGCCUGCAUCGGUGCUCUGUCCGUCCUGAGCGACCUUAUGGGGGCUCUUGGCUCUGGUACCGGUACUCUGCUCGCUGUCACUAUCAUCUACGGCUACUUCGAAAUUGCUGCCAAGGAGGGUGAUCUUGCCGGAAUGAAGGGCAUGAUCAUGGGCUAA